AUGAAGAAAGAAGUAGCAGUCGUUGGUAGUGGCCCUGCUGGGCUAGUCGCUGCCUUUGCGCUCCACAAUGACCUGCAAAGGAAGUUCAAUGCUCCUGCCCUUAGUCUCGACGGUCAUUCCUAUGAAUAUGUCGAACCGCAAAGCAAGAAAAUUACUCGUGUCGAUGUUCCCAUGAGAGUGUUCUCCGGCCGCUACUAUCAGAAUCUCUUCAAUCUGCUGGAAUAUCUGAGAGUUCCUACGAUCGAAAGGCGAUUCCUGUUUGCAUUCGCUGAUGAUGUGGCAACUAUCUCAAACUAUUAUUUCUUCCAUCCGUCUAAUAAUCAUCGAUUGCCUAUAAUCUGCUUGCGAGCCCCUGGAAUACUUGGAUUGCUGUCUGGGUUAUGGACAAGUUUCAUAGUGCUGUGCUGUUAUAUCUGGUUUUCUGUUGCCUGUUUCUGGAUCUCUCCAAGAGUUCUGGGUCGCAAAUCGGCAUAUGCGGAAACCAUUGGGGAAUACCUUACUCGGUUGAGACUGCCAAAGUUUUUCAUUGAGGGCUACGCGGUUCCCCUCUUUUCGAGCGUUGCUUCAAGCCCUCACAACUUGUUUUUACAGUUUCCGGCAAUCUAUCUUACGGACUACAAACGACAAACUCAUAUGUUUCCUCACAAGACAUCAAUCACCAUGUCACUGCUUCAGGGUCGGCUUGUGCAAGGGAUAUCUGUUGUUUACAAUGCAAAAGUCACCGGGAUAGAGCCAUCAGGAAAGCGCUUGAAUCUGCACUACCAAGAUACCAAAUCUGGCACCAAAUUGAACAUUUUGUUCGAUAACGUUGUUCUAGCAGUCAACCCGAAACAGACAUCUGCGAUUUAUCCUCCCACUUCCUAUGUUAUGGACAAGCUCCAAAUUUCUGACGUGUCAGUCGUCGUCCACCAAGAUUAUGAUAUGCUGCCAGAAGGAUCAGCACAGCUGGUGCAGCACUCGAGGAGCGAACUUAUCGCCAUGCAAAUGAAACGGGACCACAUAGGUGGGAAAACAACAAUAGCUACACAUGCCCACCCUUGCGGGGUCCUAUCAACAGUGUGGCCCGGAAAUUCCAAUCUUAUGGAUCUCGAUCAAGCGAAAGUCCUCCAUGAAUCAAGAUUCGUACGCCUACUUGCGACUCCCACUUCUCGAGACUAUUUGGCAACGAUGUUCAGAGAGAGGGACGUUGGAGAUAGCAACUCAACCUGGCGUAAUGGCGACGAUGGUGUCUAUGUUUGUGGUGGUUGGGCGUGGGAUGGUUUCGCUUUGCUGGAGGGUUGCGUUUGGAGUGGUCUCUCGAGUGCCCGUUCUAUAGGCGCAGUACUGCCAUGGAAGCCUGUGGAACGGACAUGGCAUAAAUAG